CUCAACUCAAAGUAUUCUAAGGGCUUCGAAAAUGUACUGCAACAAACUUCUUUUAAUACUUGCCGUUGUUGUUCUUGUGCAUGGUGUGGCACUGGAAAGCAGAAAUGCUAAAAAUAGCUAUGGCUUUGGAGUGAGGGCGGCAAGAGAGAUAAGAAUUGCUCUAUCUUGUCAUAAUCCGCCGACGAUGACUGUACCCUCAUCCUGCCGUUACGAGCCGUUAAGGUCUGGGUCUGAUUUCGGACGGAUUCUGUUGCCUCCACCCAGGUCCAACUAUCUUAGGCACACUGAAGUUCCACCAUCGCCUGGUACUAAACACCAGAUUCCGUUAGGCCCGCUACCACCUCCGCCACCGCCACCGCCCAUGCCGCCUAUGCCUCCUUCUGCUUAUUAGUUUACUUUCAUAAUUCAUUUGUCACUUGUGUAACCGAUAUAACUUACGUACCUACAUCUUCAGAGCGAUUCAAUAAGGAGAUUUUUACUAUUUCGACUUACUCAUGUUCAGCUCAUCGUCCUCUAUCCUAGGCUUAGGGCAUUUCUCCUGUUAGCUAGUUUCCAUCUUUUAAUGCCAUUAUUUGAACUUCAGUGUCAGCCUAAUGUGCGAUUAAGAAUCCAAAGACAACUUUCUGAAGAUCCUAAAAAUGUCGAUAGAGAAUUGUCUGUAUUUUUGGUCUUUCUCAAUAUAUACAGGUUCAUGCUACUGGCUACUGCUGCC